CGUUGACGCGCCUCACAACGACAGUAGAUUUAUCAAGAAUCAAACAUUUUCACAAAAAUAAUGAAUUCUAUCAGCGCAUUGUUGGAAUCUGCCGUAGAAUCUGUUGAUUUAAAAGACUUUCGUUUUGGCAAUGUGAAAUCGAAAGACAAUGAUGAAUGCCACGUUGUGCAAAAUUGUGACGUAGACAGGAGUUGUUUCAUAGAUAAAAUUAUGAACCACUACUUGAGACACAAUCUCAGCUUAAUUUGCCUGGAAGACCUAAUGAAGUUACUUAAUGAUAAUCGAGAAACCUGUGACCGAUUUCCAACGUCAAAGGAUACAAUACUGAAAAUGUUCGGAGAGCAACGUGAUUUGUUUCAUAUGUUCAACUUCAUAAAAUGUGAAAAGUGUCAUUGCAUGAACAAAGUCUGUUCAGAUGUCACAAUAUCUAGUUGUGCGCGAUGUAAUACAGCGCUAAAAACUACUGAAACAAACUUUUUUGUUGUGAUUCCGAUCGAACAACAAAUUAGAAAAAGUGUAAAAGACAACUGGUCGCAUAUAUGUGAAUUCGAAGCAAGCUACAAUAAAAACAAUCAAUCGUAUUCGGAUGCGCGCGAUGGCAAAAUAUUGAAAGAUAUCAACGAACAGUAUGCUGAGUCUGAUAUAAAUAUUUUAUCUUUAUGUUUGAACCUGGAUGGAGCAAACAAAUAUAAAUCAAACACGCUGUCUGUAUGGCCAAUUCAAUUGAUCCAGAACUACUUGCCACCAAAUAUCCGAUUCCUUCCGCACAACAUCAUUGUGAGUGGGCUAUACUACCAUCAAAAAAAACCGGAUUGUUACGAAUACAUGCUUCCACUCAUAAAUGAAUUGAACGAAUUAAGCCAACGGAAAAUCACAUUGAAUAUUGGCGGUGAAGAAUUCGUAUUUAAGCCGAUUAUUACACAUUGCUCGGUCGAUUUACCUGCCAAAAGUUUGCUUCAAGCGACGAAACAAUUUGGGGGCUACGAAAGCUGUGCAUACUGCGAUAUUGUUGGGGAAUUGAUUAGAUGA